GGGUCCGGCAGUCUCACAGCUGUUAUAGUGCUACAGACAUGGGUAAGAAGCUGCUCUCCGUGGUCGUGCCCAUCCUCCUCUGCUUGAUCGGGGUGAUCGGGAUACUGCUGCUGGCCCUGCCUGGUAAGGAGGUGCGGGAGCCCCCAGGUUUCAAGUAUGGCAUCGUAUUGGACGCAGGAUCCUCCCACACCGCCCUGUUCAUCUACAAGUGGCCGGCGGACAAGGAGAAUGACACCGGCAUCGUCAGCCAGCACAGAUUGUGCGAAGUGACAGGUCCCGGGAUAUCCAGCUAUUGGCAGAGCCCCCCAGAUGCUGGAAAAAGUCUGGAAAAAUGUCUGAACCAGGCUGUGGAAGAUGUGCCCACCAGCCGACAUUCCAUCACCCCCCUGUACCUGGGGGCCACUGCAGGCAUGAGGCUCCUUAACUGGACCAAUCCUACUGCAUCUGAUCAGGUUCUGGAAGCCGUCGCCUCCACGCUACAGUCCUAUCCUUUCAGUUUCCGAGGGGCCAAGAUCCUGUCGGGUCAGGAUGAGGGGCUUUUCGGCUGGGUCACUGCCAACUAUCUCCUGGAAAAGUUUAUCAAGUUCAGCUGGAUCGGACAAUGGUUCCAGCCCAGGAAAGGGACCAUUGGAGCCAUGGAUCUUGGUGGGGCAUCUACACAAAUCACUUUUGAGACCUCGGACAAGAUUGACAACGCAGAGAACGAGCUGAACUUGCGGCUGUACGGUCAGUCCUACCGGGUGUACACCCACAGCUUCCUCUGCUAUGGGAGGGAUCAGGUGCUGAAGAGGGUUCUGUCCAAAGUGGUGAAGGAACAGUCCUACUCUGUGACCAGCCAGAAUCCGUGCUGGCCAAAAAAUUACACCAAAACAUUGACAUUUGGAGACAUUUAUGAGAGCCCCUGCACUUCCAGCGAGAGACCUGCGAACUAUGACUCUGCCCUGACCAUCACUAUGACUGGCAGCGGAGACAGCGAGCAGUGCCAGAAACAUGUGACCAGCCUCUUCCAGUUCUCCGAAUGCUCCUUCUCCUCCUGUUCCUUUGAUAAAAUCUUCCAGCCCCAAGUGUCUGGGAAAUUCAUCGCUUUUGCAGCUUUUUAUUACACCAUAGACUUCAUAAAAUCGGUGCUGAAGAUGCCAGUGGAUUCCCUGGAGGAUCUCCGUAUAGCCACCGAUGCCAUCUGCUCCUCCACUUACACGGAUCUAUCCAACAAGUCACCGCCCUACCUGCAGAAACACCUCAAUGGCUACUGCACCACCUCAAGCUUCAUCUACCUGAUCAUCAGCAAAGGAUACAAGUUUGACAAUAAGACGUUCCCAGACAUCUCUUUUGAGAAGAAGGCUGGAGACACCUCUAUUGGCUGGGCCCUGGGCUACAUGCUGAACCUCACCAACAUGAUCCCCGCCGAGGAGACCUCCAUUCUCAAAGCCACCAACUUCAGCUCCUGGUCCGCUCUGAUCUUCCUCUUCGUCGUCCUUAUUAUUUUGGCUCUGAUCAUCUUUGCCAGCACCUUCAGGUCGAAUAAACAGCAGCAAACCAUCUGAUUCCCAUCGGAGGACAAGGGUCUGAGCCUUACUUGCCGUCCCCGUGCAAAACGGAGAGGAUUUUGCAGCAGCUUCUACAAGCUCCACACUCUUCACAGAGCGAUACGAUGACCUUCUUCCACCUGGUCACUUCCUCUGAAGCCCGGGCAUGAAACGCAAUAAUAAAUUGGAAUAUAGAUCACAGCUUCUCUCCAUAGGAUGGAAUCCCCCCCCCUCUGACGUUUAUGUUCUAGUUGUCACUAUGGGAGUUGGCCGCUGGCUCGAUGUCGCUGUCCCUGUAGCGGACUCUCGUUCACGUCUUGUGCACAAUGUUGGGUUUUUCCAGAAAUGUCUAGUCUGCUAAAUGUGAAACACCUAUGGGAGUAGGUUUACUAAAGCUUUUACAAGAGAAGUUGCCCAUAGCAACCGAUUAGAUUCUAUGGCAUCCGAGAAAAUGAUAGACCGAAUGUGAUUGGCUACUGUGGGUAAUACCUCCAAUUGUCUGUUUUUAGAAGCUUUAGUAAAUGUACCCCAUAGGAUGAAACCACUGUACACGCACAUACACACACUGCCCAUUACAGGAAUUACAGUAUUAUAAUAUUUCUCAGAGAGUUUUCUGUCAGACUCUGCAUGUGUUGGGCCCUGUGCUGUUGUCUCCUGUGCAAAACGUGGGGUCAUUAUUCUGUUAUUUUAGUACGUUAAAGGUACAAGAACGAUAUUAUUUGCUUUUAACUUUCCAGUUGUGUAAAAAUAAAAGCACACACAAAAAAUCAAUGCAAACGAAAAAAAAAUAUUUAACACAAUUUUACUAUCGGUGUUUCACAGUGUCUGCUGCCAAAGCUGCCAUUCAGUAGACCACCACUGUUUGUGUCCUGGUUCCAUGAUCCCCUGAUCACAAAACCGUCUUCUGCUUCUUAUUCAUGGAUGGUGACCCCUAACUAUACAAUGUGAUCUGAGGUCAUUGAUCGUGACCCCUAACUAUACAAUCUGUGAUCUGAGGUAAUUGACGGUGACCCCUAAGUAUACGAUCGGUGGUCUGAGGUCAGUGACUGUAACCCCUAACUGUACAAUCUGUGGUCUGAGGUCAUUGACGGUAGCCCCUAACUGUACAAUCUGUGGUCUGAGGUCAUUGACGGUAACCCCUAACUAUACAAUCUGUGAUCUGAGGUCAUUGACUGCAACCCCUAACUAUACAAUCUGUGAUCUGAGGUCAUUGACUGCAACCCAUAACUAUACAAUCUGUGAUCUGAGGUCAUUGAUGGUGACCCCUAACUGUACAAUCUGUGGUCUGAGGUCAUUGACGGUAACCCCUAAAUAUACAAUCGGUGGUCUGAGGUCAUUGACGGUAACCCCUAACUAUACAAUCGGUGGUCUGAGGUCAGUGACGGUGACCCCUAACUAUACAAUCUGAGGUCAUUGACGGUGACCCCUAACUAUACACUCUGGUCUGAGGUCAUUGACUGUGACCCCUAACUAUACACUCUGGUCUGAGGUCAUUGACGGUAACCCCUAACUAUACAAUCGGUGGUCUGAAGUCAUUGACGGUGACCUCUAACUGUACAAUCGGUGGUCUGAGGUCAUUGACGGUGACCCCUAACUGUACAAUCGGUGGUCUGAGGUCAUUGACGGGUCUGGGACUCCAGGUCGACAACAAAAAGGUCGACACUCCUUAGGUUGACGCCAAUUGGUCGACACACCUUAGGUCGACAUGGACAAAAGGUUGACAGGAAAAAGGUCGACAUAGAAAAAGGUCGACAUGAGUUUUUUAAUGUUUUUUUGGUGUCGUUUUCUUCGUAGAGUGACCGGGAACCCCAAUUAGUGCACCGCGUUCGCUUGCCAUGCUUCGGGCAUGGUGCCUUCGCUCGGCACAGAUAACGAUCCACGUGGACUACGAUUGGAACGGUAAAGUAUGAAAAAGUUCCAAAAAAGAAAAAAAAUUGUGAAAAACUCAUGUCGACCUUUUUCCAUGUCGACCUUGUUCCUGGCGACCUUUUGUCCAUGUCGACCUAAGGUGUGUCGACCCAUUGGCGGCGACCUAAGGUGUGUCGACCUUUUUGUUGUCGACCUGGAGUCCGGAUACCAUUGACGGUGACCCCUAACUGUGCAAUCUGUGGUCUGAGGUCAUUGACGGUAACCCCUAACUAUACAGUCGGUGGUCUGAGGUCAUUGACGGUAACCCCUAACUAUACAAUCGGUGGUCUGAGGUCAGUGACGGUAACAGCACAAAGAGCGGAGGUGCACAUGUGAUAACAUAAACCAUUAGUAACACAUGCACCAUAGGCACAAUUCCGCACAUAUAUUAUUGUGACACCUGUGCAUUGUCACGGAAAUCCUAAAAUGUGAUCCACUAGGGAGUAAUUAAGAAGAUAAAUAAGAAGUGGAGAUUUUAGUAAUUAUGUAAACACCUUUCACCACUGUCCAUUAUUUCCUGUCCCAGGAUUUCAACAUUUUGAUUGUCCCUAUUUUUUCUCUUUGUAUUUGUGUAAUGCAGACAUGGUCAUUGUAUAAAAAUACUUGUGUUCAGGAACUGUGCCUAGCUUCUAUGGUGGCGCUAGUAAGACUACUACGUACAGUCUCAUUACUUCCCCUCUCUUCCCUGAUCACCUCCCAGAUCCCUCCUGUCACUCCUACUGAGGUGUGAUAAUCCUUCCACAAUACCCUAACCUGGAGCUGGUGGGGCCUGAUGCCAUGAUAUAUACAUGAUGAGUUGGGUGGGGGGGAUAUACUAAGCCUUGGAGACAGAUAAAGUACCAACCAAUCAGCUCCUUCCAUGUUACAGGCUGUGUUUGAGAAAUGACAGUUAGGAGCUGAUUGGUUGGUACUUUAUCUCUUGCCGCUGCUUCGUACUGUACAUCUGUGUGAUGGCAUGGUGGUGAAAAUGUAACGGUGAGCAUUGAAAGAGGCGGCAGACACAAGCCUCUGGAUUUACUCACAGUUUACACAGAGAAAUAUCCUAAAAUGACAUUUGACAUGUACAGUUUUUUUUUUUUUUUUAAAUAAAUAAAUCUCCAUGGCGGACAAUAAGUA